CAAGGAUCCGAGGACACUUUCCCCGCCCUCUGCCUGGGCAGUCCAACCUGGGCCCUGGGCUCGGGGCUGGCCGCCUUUCCUGGCCCGCGCUCGGCCAAGCGCAGCCCGGAGCUCAGUGCAAGCGCGCCGCGCCCCGGGUCCCCACAUCAGCUGCCCUAGAGGCCCAAGCGGCGCGCAAACUUUUGCUCCAGCGCCCCGCGCUCUUCCGCUGCGUGUGAAGCCCCCGAGCGCCCGCGCAGCCGCCAGGUUCAGCCCACCAGUGGGCGCCGCGGAUCGAGAUGCUACUCCGGGACCUGGUGCUGCGCCGUGGCUGUUGCUGGCCCUCACUACUGCUGCACUGUGCGCUUCACCCUCUCUGGGGCUUCGUUCAGGUGACGCAUGCUGAGCCCCAGAAGUCUUGUUCUAAGGUGACUGACAGCUGCCAACACAUCUGCCAGUGCCGACCCCCACCCCCUCUACCCCCUCCGCCUCCACCUCCACCACCUCCCAGACUACUAUCCGCCCCAGCUCCCAACUCUACCUCGUGCCCCGCGGAGGACAGCUGGUGGUCGGGGCUGGUGAUCAUCAUCGCUGUGGUCUGUGCCUCCCUGGUGUUUCUGACUGUGCUGGUCAUCAUUUGCUACAAAGCCAUAAAGAGGAAACCACUGAGAAAAGAUGAAAACGGCACCAGUGUCGCGGAAUAUCCCAUGAGCUCGUCCCAGAGUAGCAAAGGGGUGGACGCGAACACUGCGGUGGUGUGAAUCUGCAGGCUCUGCACCCAGUGGCUGGAAGGGCACCUUGGUGGCACUGGUGGACAUGGGGUGACCCUGGGCCUGUCCAUGACUUCAUGCUUUACAGGCCUCGGGCCUCCUGAAAGAGAAAGCAUCCCCUUCCCAGGGUAGCCCUGGUCAACUUCCGGGGUGCAGCACAGACACCAGGCUUGAGCCAGGCUCCUUGCAUGUGGCCCCUGAGCGUCAGCACCACCCGGGGCUCUCCAUACCCUCCUUCUUGUCUCGGGCACAUCGACUGUCACCCAGUUGCUACUAAAAGCACGUACUCCGGUGAAAGUCGAGGGUCUGUCUGUCUUCCUGGGGCAGAAAGACACCCCUCUUUAGCCAGAAGAAAGGUGAUUCAGGGAUUGCUCCCAUUCUGGAAGCUUCCUCUCAUCCAGGAAGCCCUCCUACUUCUCUGUGGACAUUCUAACAAAAGCCAUCACACAGCCAUGAGACAAAUGUCCCCUUCCAAAGGUGCUUCCCACACAUCUGUCCACAACUGUACCUGCCAUGGUCUUCCACCUCCAGAGCCUGCGCCACCCUCCCGUGCCCACCCACAGCCUCACAGCCUAGCCUGCAGCUCCUGGUUGCAUGCCUGCUUCGGGAAGCGGUAGGCCCAGCCUGCCUAGUCCCCUGGGAGUGGAUUCAGUGUCUCCCAGAAGCCCAGACUGAGAGUGUCCCAAGAAAGUCAGGGGUUCCCUUUGCACCUGCUCUGACACCCCACACCUGGCUCUUCAGGAAGCAUCAGUGUGAGCCAGGCUCUGCCUCAGUGGUCAGAGGUUACAGCUUGUGCCAAAACCAUGUGGGCACUCUGUGCCAGGCCAAAUGUUGGUCUGGUACAAUGUGCCUCCCUUACCCCCAACAGUCCCUAAAACCUAAAUUUGGUACUCAGAAAACUCCCAGGAGAAGGUGGUGUUCUUUGUCUCCAAGAAGUGGCUUUCUGUGGGCCAGGGCUCCUUUCUGUGGGAGUGAGGGAGAGUGGUGAGGAGCCAUCUAGCCUUGGUAACCCUCUGCCCACAGGUUUGUUUCCCUGGAGGCCACCCACACGGUGAAGUCAACAUCCCUUGCCUAGAAGGAAGCUGGCCUACUAGAGGGCAACGCCCCCAGAGUAUAGAGACUUAGUUGAGUUCAUUAGCCUCCUCCUCACCCAACAGAGAUCUUCUCUGGUGGGUGUUUGUGCCACAUGAUAAUUUCAAAGCCAGGUAAAACUGAGGGACAAGAAAAAUCAGUCCCAUGUGGAUAGGCGCCCGGAAGCUGCCACUACCCUGCUCCUGAGUCGAUCGGCAGGUGCAGGCUAAGGGGAGGUCCGGGCCAUGCCUCCUGACAUGGCAUUUGCCCUCCUUUGCUUGAGGGCAUGGUUUGGGAUUGGGUUUGAAUUUCCCCUUCACAGCAUACCUUGACUCUGGUGUGGGGUUGCCAAGAACUGUGGGACCGCCCUCACCUCACCCAGGGAGACACCUGGCAGUCCUCUUUGGAUGUGGUUCCAAGUGACGAAGAAGCCAGAGGAAAUGGAUCAAGGACAGGCAAACAGGAGUGAGAAGCCUGGCAGGCUCCACCGGAGUACCCUGUCUCUUACCCUUUCUCUCUCUCUCUCUCUCUCUCUCUCUCUCUCUCU